UGGGGAUGAACGCACUUUUCUUAUUCCCCCAAACUCUGGGGAGUCUCCUCAAAGGCUGAUUCCAUCUUCGAUCCCUUUACCAUGGCCGAAGAAAACGAGCAGCGUGAUCCUAUCGGAGCCAUCUUAGUGAAGGUUCAAGAAGAUCUUCAUCAACUAAAGAGAGAGAUAACACACCUUCCAGGGGAUGGAAAAGAUCUUGUUGACAUGCAGGCUCUUGAAACAGCAAUUGAAAGAACCAAGAUGGGGAUAAGAAUACAUGUUGAGAGCUAUUUAAGUACUGUAAAUCAACAUGUGUUAACGGCACCUAUUGAAGAAGAAGAAACAAUUCUUAAAAAGACUACUAAACGGUGGCGCCCAACUGGUGAUAUUCCUCUGAAGCCAUUUCUGUUUCCACAAGAAACUAUAGGUAAAACAUGGCCAAGUAAAAUACAGAGAAGAACUGGUCCAUUCAUUCAAGCAAGUACAAAGAUAAAGGCAGGGCUGCAUUUUAAAGUCAUGCAUGAUCCUGAACAUGCCGACCACAGAGCUGCUUUAAAUAAGACCUAUGGAAUCAGUUUGCCAUUUAUUAAUAAGAGAAAACCAAGACAUGUACAGUUUCAGAAGAUAGUAAAAGGAACUACUGUUGAAACCCUCACUGUUUUGCCAUCUCACCAUAGGACUUCUUACUUCACCCCUCUACCUAUCCUUGAAAAAGAUGCAAAGAAAGGUAUUUUGAGUAUGAUUCAACGAGGACUGAUCCCACCAGCAGCAAAGAUUACUCUUGAACAACCACCUGUUGCACCAAAAAGUAUUUUCUUUCCUCCUUUUAAACAACCUAAGGCAAAAAGUGAAGAUACAGGAAAAUUUGAAAUUGAUUCGCCAGUGGUUGAAGUAGAUGCAAUUCAACUCCCCAGAUCCAAAGAUACUCCACUGAGUAGUAUUCUAGAGACCAGACAUGGAACUCCACCUUCAUCCAGAAUCUCUUUCCCAACAGCUAUGAAAAAACAUCCGAUAACAACAAAACAGAAAAUGGUCCCUCGAACUAAACCUAAAAUCAUGAUUCCCAAAGUGACACCCACUUCGCUAACUUCACAAAGCCUUAUGGAUUAUGAUUUUUUUAUUUACAAUGGCAAGAUAGAUCAGAAUGCUUCAGACUUCAUAGCCUUCAAGGAACAUUUUUGUUUAUCUUGGGGAAAUAUCUUUUCUCUCUUAGAAUGCAUUGAAAAGUUUCUUAAGGACUAUGCAAUACCAGAAGUCAAGAUAAAAGGGAAAUAUUUGAUAGCACUUCUUCCUGACUUUGAACUUAAUACCAGGCCUUCUAAAAUCGACCUCUUAUCAGUGUUAGAGAAUCCAUCUAAUAUCCUCAAAUUAAUUAGCCAGCCAGGCCGGAGAUACAGAGGGCAAAGGGGAAUCGAGGAAGCUAUCAUCAAGAUCCAAUCAACAUGGCGAUGCUAUCGGGCCAAAAAAGCCUAUUUUAUUUUCCGGCGACAGAAGUGGGCUGCAGGUGUGAUUGCCAUCAACUGGCUUUUGCACGGUCACAGGGCCCGAUUGAAAAAGAUCCUGAAGGAGAAACGUUUAAAACAACUGGAGAAUUUCCACAUUCGAGCCAAGCAUCUGGCAGCCAACUGGAAUCGCAUCAGGACCUCCAGGAGGACUAUUAUCCAUAUCCCAUCAUUAGGAUUCUCCUACUCUGUACGGUCAAGUAUCGUUGAUUUCAAUACGCAACAGAACUUGCAGCUGGGAAGACUGUGUGACAUACUAGAUGCCAAUGUGGAUGUCAUCUACAUCUGCCCCCUUCAAAUGCCUGAAGAAUUGAUGAAGUAUUACAAUAAGUUCCUGGGUCUACAGACAGCUGUCAUAUCUGGGGACCCUGAGGACAUAAGUGACCUGACGGACAGGUUCAGAAUUCUCUGCCCUGAAGCUAUAGACUUCUUCCCUAGACAUCAUAUGUGCCUGGCCACUCAUCUCAAGUACAGUCCCCAGACAAUCAAAAGAAUAAAAAACCUCAUCCAAGGAAAAGACGCAUACAUUGUUAGCGGGCUUAUCAACAAAGAUGAUUUAGCUGUGGCCGACAUGUUAAAUGUGCCUAUUCUAGGCUCAGAGCCCGAAGUGGCUCAAAUCUAUAGUACCAAGUCUGGAAGUAAACGGAUCUUUGCCAGCGCCUGUGUACCAGUCCCUCCUGGGGUUUAUGAUGUCUAUAAUUUCCGACAAAUGGUGGAAAGCCUAAGUCAACUCAUCGUUGAUAAUCUGGAUGUGCAACGUUGGAUUUUUAAAGUGGACAGUGACUUUAAAGGCAAUGGAACUGCAUUUUGUGACAUCCUUUCCCACCUAAAUUGCUAUAGUUGGGUCUUACGGGAAAGUCACAAACAUGGUGUCAACGACUGGAGUAAGAAAUGGGCACACGAGCCAGCUAUGGAGAAGAUCUCCGAGGAGCUGGCGGGCAUUUUAGCACAGCACGCACAGGCAGUCAAUGAGAAACGAUUCCCUACAUGGGAAAAAUUCCUCCAUACAUUUCUCAGACAAGGUGGUGUGAUUGAGGCAUUUCCACCCUCUGAAAAUGUGACCAAUUUGACCGUGGAUAUGCUGAUAGAGCCAUCAGGAGAAAUAAAGAUGCUUUCAACAGGGGACCAGCUCCAUGCAGAUGGCCCUUUACGCUACUCUGGCAUCAGCAUGCCACAGUCGUCCAUUGAACCAGAGGUUCUCAACUCAUUGUGUUUUCAAGUAGGAUAUGCCUGUAAAAAUAGAGGCAUUGUUGGUUAUUUAUCCAUUGACCUGGUGACCUUUAUACAUCCAGAUACCUUGGAACAACAGGUAUGGGCAACAGACCUUGAAGUUUUUUAUAGUGACCAGCUUUCCUUGGCACAGUUCGUCUUGUAUAUGACCAGAGGAAAUUUGGAUUUCAGUUCUAGUGUCUUAGAAGUGGCACCCUCUAUAAAGAAACUUAAUAAGUCCAUCAGAGAGAUGAAGGCAGAACCACUUGCUACAUCCAUUCGCUAUGCAGUAGUAUCCAGCCAGCUGACACACAGCAACCUCUCCCUAAUCUUCCACAGUGUUUUCCUCCAGAUGUGUAAGGCCCAUGGCAUUGCAUACGAUGUUGAGGAAAAACAAGGAACAACGUUCGUACUUUUUGAAUCUCAGAGGAGGAAUAGAUUGGGCAUGUUAACAAUCGGAGAGGAUCUCCAGGGGGUCCUCAUGACCUUUGCUCACAAUCUCUUCAUCAUCCAUCAAGAAAUAUCAUCACCUAAUAUGCAAGGCGAGACCAAUUUUAAGAGGUUAAUUGAUGAUAUUGAGACAGUCCUGGGAGUUACAACAGAAAACAAAAUGAGAUUUAAAGAGCAAGCUACCAUCAUUAAGGAUACAUUUUUCUAAGGAUUGUAGUUCAUUGAUAUUAACAAACUAUCAUGUCUGGUACCCAUUUGGAAAAAUAACAGUUUUCUCACUGAUGAGGAGAAAGAGAAAGAACUUUUUAUUUGUCUUCUAGCCAUCAAAUAAAACUUGGUAGAGUGAUAAAUUAGAAUGAUACCUGUAUUAUUUGCUAUUAAGGAAUCUUCAUUUAUCUCUUAAAUUAUACUAUAAUUCUAUAUUUAAGUUUUUAAUGCACUUGACUUGUUUUAGCCAAACAAAAGAAAAAAAUCUUUUGGUUCAAAAAGAUCAUUUCUUUGUUUAAUAUUAUGUCUUUACAUAUAUCAGGCUUAAGAAUCUUCUAUUUUUCAAACUUCAUAGGUGGGCAUUUUGUGGCGGGGGGGGGGAUUUGUAGAGCUUUUUUUUUUUUUGGUUAUUCCUGAGAGGAAUUUGUCUACUAUAUUUUUUUUCUAAUGAGCAAUUUUUUAGACUAAUAAUCAUUGUCAUCUUUCAAAACCUGAAUGUUUUUAAUUGUUACUAUUUUUAAAAUUCAUUUUACUUUUACUGAAUUUUCUUUACACCAAGUCAGUUUUUUGGGUCAUUUCCAAAUAUUCAAGUCCUAGCAGUCUACCAUCAGACUAUAACUAAAGCUACAGAAUUUAUCUAGGUGGCAGCAUGUACUCUUAUUUUAAGCCACAGAAUAACCCUAACCGGAUCAAUUGAAUGAACAGUCUUAUUCUCCAGGACUUGUUUACUGCAGUCAUAGAAUUUUCACUAGUAAUGGAACAAUGCACAUAUUUGCUAUAUGUUUUAAAAGACAAUUGUCAGAAAUAUGCCAAACAUAAGCUGUAGUAUUUGUUUCAGUGCACUAAUAAAAUGUUGCUAUAUGAUCCAGUGUUGUAAAAGAUUGGAGAAAAAAAAGCCAAGUCAAAAUGUCAACGUUAUGUCGAUUUCUGUUUUAAAUAAACAUUCUCUUCCUAUUUAAAAAA